AUGCAUCGACGUCCUGCGCAGCAGCUUGACGGCACCGACUCGGAUCGCAAGUACCGAGGCCGGAGUGAUUCUGAACUUGAUCGAGCACCGACUAUUGCUCCAGCAGAUCUCGCAACCCAGAAAUCCGAAGGCUUUCAGAAGUUUUACAACUCUGUUGUUUCCCCCACCCAUGUUCGGGUCACUGCCGGUGGUCGAAUUGUGCCCAACACUCGAGGGCCUCAUUCUCCAACAUCGAAAUGGAGCCGAGAGCGAAGCUCGAUCGAUGGGCAGAACCAGACUCGUAAUAUGAAUGUUAGUCAGCCUGAGGGCGUUGCUUAUCCCGUUUUCCCUCCUAGUUGGGGCCAUUUUGCUCCAAUGGUCCCUCCACAUGUUCCAGGAACUUUACCAGGAAUGGAACUUCGACCUGAAGGAUACCAUUUUAUACCUCCCCCUAUGGGUUAUAACCUGGCUCCCGUUUCAUACAAUCAGUUUUCUACCUCUGGUCUCCCAAUGCAACUCCCGAGUCAAGCUGGUCCUUAUGGCAAGCUUCCGGACGCGGGUAUGGAACAGGCGCGAAAUAUUCACCUCUCUCCUGCCGAGCAGUUCGAUAACUCCCGCCCAUUCUUAUACAACGGACAGUGGUGGAUCGCGAAUGGAGGUGCUCUAUACCCUAUCAGCAUGCCACCUCAGAUGAGCUUUGCACCCCCUGCUGUCCCCAGUCCAUCAGCUCCUCGCCCCAGUGGUGAUUUCAACGUAGCUCCUGCUAGAUAUGGACGCCCAUCGUCGCGACAGCCUGGGCCAUUGCCCCUUUGCUUACAGAAUGAUCCUUCAAGUUCCGCCAGUCCUCCCGUGUCGUCAAUUCGUCCGAGCUCAAUUACCCAGAAGCAGCUUGAGGUUCUUCGCAGUCAAAAACGUUACCACGAAGACCAACUUCGGUACAACAAGCACCAGAUCGAUGCUGGAGACAUGGAAGAACGGCUUCAGAACAUUUGCCGAGAGAUUGAGCAUUUCGAGCGCAUGCUGGCGACUCAGCUCGAGUUCGAGUCCAGGAAAUACCCAAAGGUCGGGUCUCCUAGCGGGCCCCCUUCCAACUCAUCCAAUGACUAUGGCAACAGCAACAGUGAAUCCGAUGGCUCAAACGCAGUCAAUCCAUUGCAUCCCUCAGGCUUCGAUAAUCAAUCGUCAGUCGAAAAGACUGACACACGCCUUGCGGGUGUUCAAAGUCGGCUACCAACCACGGCAGCCACUUCGGCCAAGAACUUCAGCAAUGCGUCGAAGAAUGACGAUGUACAACAGCGUAAGCCAUCAAGCCUUCCGAUCCAUGCUGCUUUGGCACCUGUCUUCCAGCCGCGCUCAGAUCUAUCAACAUCUGCUGUCGCACCUGAUGAGGUAGAAGAAGUCGACGAGGGGGCGCAAAUCCAGCAAUACGAACGCAUGUACAAGAACGCUGAGGGCUGGCGAACGUUCUUUAGGAACAAGCUUCAUGCUGACAAGAGCAUGGGCCCUCCCUAUCUCAUUGGGAAGCUCAAGCCAGGAGUUCAGCCAGAAAACGCAAGAGACACUGAUUAUGUGUACGAUCGCGAGUUGAUGCCGGAUGAAGAGCGCGCUCGCUUCACAUAUUGGGGACGGGCACCUUUUAUCUUCGAGAAUGGACUCCCUCUGUAUGACGGCAAGAAUUUCUAUCCACCUUGCGUUAUCAAGGAGGAACCUAUUAGCGCUGGUGAAUAUGUUCCUCAAAACGCCUCUGGGUCAAAUGAGCCAAAAACGUCGCCUAUGAAGCCUAAUGAGGUUGAUCCUUUCCACGCUGUCUCCGAAGCUACCAGGUCUUCUGCACGUUACGGCUUUGAUGACGCUACUCGCUCCGAGUCUUUACAUCGUACUGACGACUCUCUUCACGCAAGCUCAACCUCUGAGGUGCCUCGAUCCGAAUCCCACGCUGCUCAUUCUGGAAGUCGAUACCUGGAAUUUCGCCGUGCGAUCAAUGAGGGUCCACGAAACCCGAGUGAGAAGUUGCGUGCCAGAGUUUCAGACGACUCGGGUGACGAAGAGGGCAAUCUUCUCUUCAAAGGGCGCCGAGUUGAUCGCGACACGAGCAGCAAGUAUCCGAAAGACAUAUGGUCCACGAUGCGAAAGAAUGGGAAAACGAGCGCGAACGUAGUUGCAGGACAGGUCUCCCCCAUGACUGCUCAAGGUGUGCUGCCUCAUUACGCCGGGCAUGCUACUGCAUCCUUAACUCCUGCAGUUACUACCAACUCUCGUGGUAACAGUGCCAGGCUGGGAGACGUGAACGCUUCCCCAACAGCAAACAUCACUGUCGGAAGACGUGAAGAGAACAGACCACCCCUUGAACUUCUUGAUCAACAAUUGCGCGGCGUCAGCCUUCAGGACAAGAGCCACCAUGGGUUCUCUACUCGCUGA